CUUAGAUGCCACACAACUAUAUUAAAUACUUGACAAGGUUCAAAAUACGUAAAAAAACUGUAAUCUAUUAUAGAAUUUACUCUGUAAUAUAAAGCGCGCCACUUUUGCUUCAAUUUGACUUUGACGUUUACACCAAGUUGAGAAGUUUUGGGGAUAUCAGAAAAAAAUUAACAAUUCGACUCAAAUAAACAGAUAAAUAGAUAUGCUUUAAUAUAUCGUUUACUUUUAUAUUUCUUAAGCACUAUGUCUACUUUGCAACCUAUUCAAGCUUUGAACUUAGAUUCAGUCCAGCAACGGGCAUUCAUCAAAUACUUUAACUCCCUUACAGAGAAACCACCAACAACAGUUCGUAUAUUUGACCGCAAUGAAUACUACAGUGUUCACGGUGCAGAUGCUACGACAGCCGCUCGCGAGGUCUUCUGUUCCAUUGCUAAUAUCAAGAAGAUGGGCCUCGAACCAGAUAAACUCGAUUACCUUGUACUCUCUAAGGGCAACUUUGAAAUACUCAUCAGAAAACUUUUACUGGUGAAGCGAUACCGAGUUGAAAUAUAUGUAUGUGAAGGUUCUUCUAAGAAUAAUGAAUGGCGAUUAGAAUAUAAAGGUUCGCCUGGUAAUCUGUCGCAAUUAGAGGAGGUGUUAGGUGACGGUCUUGGAACUGCCAAUGAAAACGCACCAUGCUUGAUGGCGGUUAAUUUUAAAACGGAUGCCGUAACAAAGGGUCGUCUUCUAGGAGUGGCUUGCGUGACAUCUGCAGACUAUCAGUUCUCCAUCUCGGAGUUCACAGACGAUGAUUUGCUGACGCAGCUGGAGACAAUCACGGUGCAGACUGCGCCGGCUGAAUGUCUCGUAGUGCAAGGCGAUAAUGAUGAUCAAAAAGCCCUUAAAAAAGUAAUGCAAAGGGCAAAUGUGACUGUAACAAAAUUAAAGAGAUCAGAUUUCUCCACGGAAGGGCUGGUUCAGGAUCUGAAUCGUUUGCUGAAGUUCAAAGACAGUCAGUCACAGGAUGCGAACGCGUUCCCGGAGACGCGCAAGGAAAUUGCCAUGUCCAGUCUAGCUGCUGCCAUCAGAUACACCACAUUACUGAAUGAAAACACCAACUUUGGAAGGUUCCAUCUAAGCACGAUCCAAAGUGAUGGUUUCCUGCACCUGGACGCGGCGGCACUGAGCGCACUCAACGUGUUCCCUGACCUGGGCGACACGUCGCACGCGCCCACACGCAGUCUCUACGGACUGCUCGACAGAUGUCGCACUCAGCACGGGAAACGUUUGCUAGCACAAUGGCUCCGUCAACCGCUACGUGACAUCCACCUGAUCAACGAGCGGCUGGACAUCGUACAGGUGUUGAUGGAGAGGUCGCAGGUGAGGCUGCAGCUGCACGAGCUGCUACGUCGCGCUCCAGACCUGCAGGCCCUCGCACGACGCCUCACCAGGAAGAAAGCCAGUCUACACGACUGCUACAGGAUCUACCAGGCGAUAGAGAGGCUGCCGUCUUUACUACAAUGUCUAGCGCAGGCGGACAAUGCGACCGUGCACGCGGCGCUCUCGGAACCUAUAUCGGAACUUCACGGUGACAUUGAGAAGUUCCAGCAGAUGAUCGAAACUACAGUCGAUAUGGAGGCUAUAGAUAGAGGUGAAUACUUAGUAAAGGCAUCAUUCGACGAGCAGCUGCAGAGUCUACGUGGCGAGCUGGACAGGUUGCAGACGGCGGCGGAGAGACAGUUGCGUGCUGCUGCAGACACCCUGGGCCUGGAACCAGGCAAGACUAUCAAGCUGGAGAAUAAUCCGCAGAAUGGAUUUUAUUUUAGGAUAACAAAUAAAGAAGAGCACGCGAUUCGUGGCAGCAAGAAGUUCACAAUAAUCGAUGCGGUGAAAGGCGGAGUGAGAUUCAAGAACAGCGCUUUGGAGAACAUCACAGAUGAAUACGUGCAGACUAAAGACACAUAUGAAAGGGAACAGGACAAAGUUGUUGCCGAAAUUGUUAACAUUGCCUCUGGAUAUUCUGAAUGUUUAUUCAACCUAUCGCAUAUGAUAUCCCGCGUUGAUGUGCUGGUGUCGCUGGCGGUGGCGGCGUGUUCUGCACCGCUGCCGUAUUGCCGACCUGUACUCACCGACAGUAUGGAAGAACUGCUGCUCCGUGAUGUGCGCCAUCCUUGCCUUGAGGUGCAAGAAGGCGUCUCAUAUAUACCUAAUGAUGUUCACUUCAAACGAGGUAAAUGCGUGAUGCAUAUAAUAACUGGUGCGAACAUGGGCGGCAAGUCAACAUGGAUGCGGUCGUGCGGCGCGGCGGUGUUACUGGCGCACGUCGGGUGUCCGGUGCCCGCCUCGCUCGCCCGACUGCCGCGACUGCGCGCUCUGCGGGCACGACUCGGCGCUGCUGACAAGGAGCAGCACGCGCACAGCACCUUCAUGCUCGAGAUGCUGGACACCGCUGCUAUACUUAGAGCGGCAACUCCCGACAGUUUGGUGCUGAUCGACGAGCUUGGGCGCGGCACGUCCACGUAUGAGGGCUGCGGCAUCGCCUGGGCCAUCGCUGAGAAAUUGGCAACAGAAUGUAAAUGUUUCUGUCUAUUCGCGACUCAUUACCACGAGCUGACGCGUCUGGCUGCGCUGCACCCGGGUGUCAUAGUGAACUCGCACGCGCAGGCGUCCGUGGUGGACGGACAGCUGCUGCUGCUGCACCGCAUCCAGCCCGGAGCCGCGCCACACUCACUGGGACUGCACGUCGCCAAGCUGGCUGAUCUGCCUGACUCCAUUAUACAGUACGCUGAGGAGAAGCAAUCUCAACUGGAAACUAAUCUAUUCGAGAUCGAGGCGUCUGUGAAAUCUCAAGAAACAUCAGAAGGACAAGAAAUAAUAUUGGAAUUUUUACGUAAAUGCAAGCGGAUACAUGAGAGUGUGACGUCAGAUGAGGAGAUGGUGAAGGAGAUCGACAAGUUAAAACAAGAGCUUCAGCAACACAACAAUAAAAAAUUGUGAAGCGUGCAAUAAGAGAAAGACAAAAGCGAUACCAUCCAAGGUCCACGUCGGCGCAAAGAGC